ACGAUGUCCAUUUUUCUAAAACAAACACAAAAUGGUCACUCUGACCAACGUCCAGUCAUCCAAUGCCCAGAUUGCAACAGCCCUUCCCCCGGGUUUAGUCGCAGUUUUCGUCGGCGCAACAAAUGGCAUCGGUGAAACUUCCCUGAGAGAAUUCGCCCGCCAUGCGCGCCAGCCCCGGGUCUACUUUGUUGGCCGCUCACAAGAAGCCGGUGACAGGAUUGCUGCUGAAUGUCGCGACUUGAACCCCGAGGGCGAGUUCAUCUUCAUCAAGGCGGAUGUUAGUCUACUCAAAUCCGUGGAUGAUGUCUGUCGCCAGAUCGCGAGUAAUGAGAGAUGCAUCAAUUUGCUGUUUUUAACAUGUGGUUCGGCACUUUCACACGUUGACACAAGUGAAGGACUGCACAUCUUCAUGGCCCUAGCAUACUACGCCCGAGCACGCUUCAUCCUCAAUCUCCUCCCCCUCCUCCGUCAAGCCCCCAGCCUCCGACGAGUCGUCACCGUCCUCGCCGCAGGCCACGAAGGCACCAUCUACGCAGACGACUUCCAAGGCCGCAAAGUCCCUCUCAGCGGUGUACGAGGCCACAACGUCUCCAUGACAGACCUAAUGCUCGAACACAUGGCCUCACUCGCCCCCGAAGUAAGCUUCGUCCACGACUAUCCGGGCCCUGUGAAAUCAGGCUUUGGCCGAGAAACCAACAGCAUCCUGAUGAAGGUUGCCAUUACGAUUUUCAAGAUUGUCGGGCCAUUGGUGUAUGUCCCGAUUCGGGAGUCUGGGGAACGGCAUUUAUUCUUUGCUACUAGUGCGAGGUAUAAGCCGCGGGUGGGGAGUGAGGCGGCUGGUGUGCCUGUUUCCGGGGAUGUGGAGGUGUCUGGGGGAACGGAUGGGGAGGUGGGGAGUGGUGUUUAUGCGGUCAAUUGGGAUGGCGAGAGUGCUGGGCCAAAGUCUUUGCAGGUGUUGGCCAAGAUGCGUGGGGAGGGGAUGGUGCAGCGAUUGUGGGAGCAUACGAUGAUGGAGUUUAAGCGGGUUACUGGGGUGGAGAGUUUGGCUAAAUGA